AUGACUAAUGCUCUUACAUCCAAAAAUAAAAUUGAAUUUAUUGAUGGCACUAUCCUGAAAUCUGAGAAAACUGAUUCUAAUUUCAAGGCAUGGCAACGAUGCAAUACCUAUGUAGUUGCUUGGAUUAAUCUUUUCCUUAGUCCAGAAAUCUAUCAGAGUGUUCUUUGGAACAACAUAAGUUACGAAUUAUGGAAUGACCUUAAGCAUCACUACUAUCAGGGUGAUAGGUUUCGAGUAGCUGAAUUGAAUGAGGAGAUUUAUGCAUUAAAACAAGGAGAUUUGUCUGUUACAGCUUAUUUUGCCAAACUGAAAAAUCUCUGUGAAGAGAUUGAUGAUUUUAGAAGUAUACCUGGUUGCAAUUGUGUUAAAUGUGAAUGUGGCUUAGGCAUUGUUAGGCAACACAGGGAAGAGGACAGAGUCACCAAAUUUUUGCGUGGUCUUGGAGAGCAAUAUUCCACUGUUAAGUCACAGGUUAUGUUAAUGGAUAAUUUGCCUAGUGUGAAUAGAAUUCUGUCAAUGAUCACUCAGCAAGAAAGGCAGCUGUUCAACUUUGAUAAUGCUUUAGAUGCUAAGAUUCUGGCAGCCUCUUCUCAGCCUGACAACAAAGGAUACAUUGUGGAUAACUGCUAUAAGAAGCAUGGUUAUCCACCUAACUUCAAACCCCGGUUUGAGAAAAAGUCUCCUGUCCUCAAUUGUAUAACUGCAGCAGACAAUCCUGAAGAUGAAAAUGAUGACUUCAGUGUUUCACAAUUGGUUAGAGGUGAACCAACCAUUAAUGAAUUCACUCCAGAGUAA